AGCGGAGGGAUUGGCAGAGAGGGGUGGAGGACACUGAGUGGAGGCCAGUGGAGGGAUUGGCAGAGAGGGGUGGAGGACACUGAGUGGAGGCCAGUGGAGGGAUCGGCAGAGAGGGGUGGAGGACAUUGCGUGGAGGCCAGUGGAGGGAUUGGCAGAGAGGGGUGGAGGACAUUGAGUGGAGGCCAGUGGAGGGAUUGGCAGAGAGGGGUGGAGGACACUGAGUGGAGGCCAGUGGAGGGAUUAGCAGAGAGGGGUGGAGGACACUGAGUGGAGGCCAGUGGAGGGAUUGGCAGAGAGGGGUGGAGGACACUGAGUGGAGGCCAUUGG